UAAUCUUUAUUAAGGGGAAAUAAAUGUUUCUGGAAGCUUGUGUUACCGGCAAAAUAUACUGGACAAGCGGCAUUGUACUUGAUUCACACGCUGUGCCUGUCGUGGAUUUCUUUCUUAACUUGAGGAGAAUGCGAGUAUUAAAAAACCUUAAGAAAUUGAAUAUCUAGAUAACGAAUGAUUUAAAAACUAAAAUACAAAUGCGACUAAGGGUGGUAGAUUGUGUAACACAUAUAAUAUUUUAAGUAAAAUCACUGUUUCAUGACAAUAUUAAAUUGCUGUUACUAAGUUUAAAUGUUAAUGUUUAGCGCAUUUUGCAAAGUAAAAGUAGAACCUUGAUCCUGAAGAAUGCGCUAACUGGUUGAUGGAUGUACUUACUAUUGCUUGAAUCUAAACUUCUGCUACCUUGCUCACAGUUAUCAUUCAAUAAUAAUAAUAAUAAUAAUAAUAAUAACAACAACUAGAACACACUGUCACUUUUUCCUAAUUGCUUAAGACAAAAUCAGCAAAACCGUCGAAGCACAUUGCUUUGUCACUUGAAGUUCUGUGAUAUAUAUAUAUAUAUAUAUAUAUAUAUAUAUAUAUAUAUAUAUAUAUAUAUAUAUUGAGAUUUCUUGGUACUAUUUUCCUAUAGUUUGCUGUUACGUUUAAGAUUUGCACUACAAAGAUUCCUAUAUCUAAAAUAUACUUGAUGUAAUUUUAAUCGGUUUUUGUGUUUAUUUAUUUUUAAUAGCAGGAUACUUAUUUUGGUCAUGGUGUAAAGCACUUUAUGUCUUUGCUUUAGAUUACUUAAUCAUACUAAUUGAAAAGUACUCGGGGUGAAUAAUAUAGGUUUACAUCAACGUUUAUUAUUGUCUAGUGAAAACUUGAAUAGCUGCAGUAUGCUUGCUGUUAAAGCUAUUCGACCAGGUGGGUGCAGUCAUGCUAAACUUGAAGAAAAAGACACAGACAAGUCUGGCAACAAAAAGCAAAGUGAGUCUGCCGAGUGUCCGGAUUGUGACCGGUCCGCGCAGAAGAGAAGCGACCACAUCGUCUGCAGCGUUCACCUGGAGCUACCGCACCCGAGACGAAGGAAGCUGAUUUUGCACUUGGAUCUGAACAACACCAUCCUGGUCUCUGAUGCCGUGACUAAACAAGGAACAGUGGCGGCAUUAGAUUACUUCCUGUCCACGGCCACCUGGGGGAGAGUUAACCGCCAAGGUAGCUGGGAGUGGGUGAGCGAUGUGCCCUCCCUCCUCUCUCCAUGCCAGGGCGCUGUGACCUAUUACUCCCAGUUUGGUAGAGUCCAGGAUUUCACGGGAACAGCCGAGGGGCAACGGUUCCGCGGCGUCUUGAAGGAGCACCUGUCUCUGCUGGAAUGGAGCGGAGAGGAGGAUGAGUUGCUGGCGGUGAGGGGGGAGGAUGGGAGGCUGUAUCACUGGAUCCUGCCAGCCUUCUUCCAGCUGCUGCAGACCUUGGAGUCCCAGCACAGAGAGUUCUGUGUCCUGUUCCGCACAUUCGGCACCGACCUGUCCCGUGUGCUGGGAGCUGUACAGCGUGUGCUGAGGGAGGGGGCCCAUCCUCUCUUCACAGACCUGCAUGCACUGUCGAUGCCCUUGAACCUGACUCCAGGUCGGAUCCGCUGCAGUAAAAAGAAUGUGGUCCUGAGCCGGGGUUCCGAGCGGGUCUCAACGCGGGGGGACGAGCGCAGUUUGUACCGCUACUUCAGCGACCUCCAGGGUCUGGGUGGGUUUCAGGACCAUUUUGACUGGUGGGCUCACAAUAGCUACUCAAACUUGGGAGGAAAGCCCAUCUGGAUUGACCCCUCCGAUCUUGAAGUGCAGCACAUAUUCAUUGAUGACAACAUUCGGCUGAACGACGAGGAUACCAUCGUCAAUCCAAAGGUGUUUUUAGGUAAAGCAGGCACUGAGACCCGCACAUCCUUGACCUCUGAACUCUACGAUGUUAACUUGGUUCAGACCGAUCUUCUGAGGGCCAUUUCAGACCACAGCUACUUCAGUGAGCGCAUCCGGAUCUGUGAGGAGAACUAUGAAAAAUACAUAAAUAAAGAAGAUGGCUAGAGCCUCCGUUUAUCAUCUCAGGGAUUUUUAGUUUACAUGAUUUCAGUACUGUGUAUAAAGAUACCUAAACUAGCUGGUGUCUAUAUACAGUUUAUUGCUGCUACAAUAUGUUUUUUGUAACUUUGAAGUAUUCGGUAUUGGGUCUAUUUUAUUGCACUAAACAUCAGCAAUUCUAAAUACCUCACCCUUAAACUCUUUAUUAAACCUUUCUGGAUCUUAGUGGUCGUAGCUAACAAAAUAUUGAACUUUAAUAAAUGUUACCCAUUCCAGGUUUUACUGUGAGCUAGAUUGUCCCCAUUGUA